AUGGGGUCGAUCGCACCGGGAGCCUUAGAAGACGCCACCCAGUCAUCGGAUCAGAUUGAUACGUUCAUCCAGAACCAUCCGGUCGCGAUCUCUCUACGAAACGAUCCAGAGUACACCGAAGUGCGACCACACUUGAAGGUAGCAGAGCGCAUUCGCGCCCAAAAUUUCAUGACGGGUGCACUUACGGGGCCUCGAAAAAUCUCCGUGCCACCAUAUGUUUUCAGCAAAGAGAACGGCGAGAAAAUGGUGAUGCUUAUGCACCUUGGAGAAGACUUGUGUGAUUAUCCAGGAAUCGUCCAUAACGGGCUAAUUGCAGCCCUUUUCGACGAAGGACUGGCAAGGUGUUGCUUUGCAGCUCUACCCCACAAAGUCGGCGUCACUGCCAAUCUCAACAUUGAGCAUCACCAGCCGUUGAUGGCCAAUUCAUAUAUCGCCUUGUCUGCGGAGACGACAGAAUUGCAGGGUCGGAAAGCUUGGGGGCACAGUCAGAUUGAGACUCUUUCCGUUGACGGCCAAGAGACGACUUUGAUUGCGGAGGCUAGAGGGCUUUUUAUGGAGCCGAGGCAAAUUGAGGUAAGGCUUUUCUAG